GCAGCGGAACGCGGGAGCGCGGCGCCGGCCGGCGGGGGAAGGCGCAGCCGUCGCACCGCUCCCCCCAGUCACCUUCGGCGGGCGGCAGCCAUGGCGUUCCUGCCCGACGAGUCGCGGUCGCUGCCGCCGCCACCGCUCCUCAACAAGGGCACGGUGUGGCUCGGGCUCGUGGGGUGGCUGUCGGCGCUGCUGGACAACGCCUAUAACCACCGCCCCAUCUUGCGAUCCGGUGUUCACCGUCAGGUCCUGCUCACUACCCUGGGCUGCUUUGUGGGCUACCAGCUUGUGAAACGCGCCGAGUACGUGCAUGCCAAGGUGGACAGAGAGCUGUUCGAGUAUGUCAGGCACCACCCAGUGGACUUCCAAGCAAAAACAGAAAAGAAAAGAAUAGGGCAGGUCUUGGAGGAUUUCCACCCAGUUCGCUGAGGAUUUCUCCAGUGGCGACACAUCACAGGAUGAAUUCCUGCCAUCCUGAGAACUUUGGCAAGGUGGCUGACUCUGUUGAACCGUCCAUGGCUUAAAAGAUUAAAUUUUACUCCUUUUCAUGUAAUAAAAGCUUGAUUAAAUAGUUAGUGUUUAAUUGUUUGCUCUUCUGUUCCUUUAUGGUUUGUCAAUACGUGGAUGACUGAUUUUUCUAACAGAAUAAGAACAUGGAUUAAUGUUUUCUUCAGUUGUUUUAAUUGCAAGACUGGAAAGUUGUUCAUACAAACAUAUAUUGUAUAAAACUCAAAGAUGAGUUCUAUAAGUUCAUCUUUAUUAUUUCUCUGAUCCUUGAACAUGUUCUUGGCCAGCCCCUGUAGAUGCUGUACCUAAAGUCUUGCUGUGAAAUUCAUUCUGAACAGCUACCAAAAUACAUGCUCUUCCUAAUUAA